AGUCCGUGACCGAACCUCGGUCCGUCCUCGAAGUUUCUCUCUCACUCUGUGUAUUCACACCAGGUAUACAUUAAGGUAUCUUUGUGCGGUGCUAAAAGUUGCAACACACAAUAAAAGGUUCGCGGUAAGUCGGGUGCCAACAUUUCGAUUUAGUGUCUCGUUUAUCGACGAACAGUGAAUGACCAGCGUUGAUUUUGAAGUGAUUUGAAGAUUGUAAAUUGAGUGAUACAAAAACAUUGAGAAAUUUUGUAUGAAAGUGACCGAUUUUGAUGAGACGACCGAGCGGAGAAACGGCAUGUUCUUGCACCGGCUGACCGAAAAACAAUCAAAAAAACACGAAAACUCCGCGAAAAUUUUGUUUUAUUUUUAGAUGUGUAGUUUCAAUGCCAUUUCGGUACCCGAAUUCAUUGAACUCGUUAAUUUUAAUUUUUUAAAUAAAGAAUUAAUUCUUGGAUUAAGUGUCAAUUAAUUUAAUUUGAAACCAUUUAGAAAAUAACCGUUUCCGUAAUUGAUCGUCUUCAACAUCCGAUGUUCUGUGAAAAUCGAUUUCAAAGUAAGGACUCCAGUUAUCCAAAAUGUGUAAGUGCUGUCAAUCUUUGUGGGAAAGUUGUUAUUGGCACUGUUGCGAAAAGCACUUCUGUUGGGAUGAUUCGAUUGCCCUUUACGAGGAUCCUGAUGAGAAAAAGAACGAGCAAAACAAUAAUGGAUUGGACAACAUGGCUUUCUACGACAACGUUGCCCUCAUAGCAAACAGAGCAAUCUUUACAAUCGAUCCAUUACCCCCAAAAGAACCUGCGGUUCCUGUGGUGACUCAACCGAAGCGAAAAAUUCGAUGGUUUGAAAAUGAAGAUGACUUUAUCAACGACAAUCAAAAUGUAGUUAGGGAAAGAAGAUCCACGUUAAUUCGAAGAAAAAUGUCUGUUGUACCAGAAGAAGAUAACGAUACUAUUAGUCAAACAACAAUAGAUACAGUUGAUGGAGGACACCAAGAAAAUAAAAAUGAAAAUGAAAGAGUUAAACCCGAAGAAGUAAAAACGAAUGGAGAGGUGAAAAAAGAUAAUAAAGAGAUUUUGAAUGAAAGUGAUAAAAAUAAAACGGAACUUGUUAAACCCAUUGAAAAUAGCGUAGAAUUAAGAAAAAAAACGUUGCAAGAAAGAAGAACGCCUAAAGGGUUAACUUUAAUGAUAAAUCGUCCGGAAUUACCUGUUAUUAGACAAAAUUUAAUGCCCAAAUUUUAUUUGGACACACCGGAAGAGAAUCAAAUUUAUUAUACGGGUGUAAGCAGAACUCCUAGUUUAACUUUGACGGCUCCCGUUAAACCGAUAUCGUUCGAAUUUGAUUUGAAAUCAGUUGUGCAAAUACAAAAAGAUGUUCCUCCGCCUUCCGAAAACGCUAAUAAACCAAAACGUACUCAAUCGGUUAAAGAAAAGUUACUUAAAAGACAAUCUUCAAGUCAAAGUAUAAACCCGCAUAAUUUAGCUUCAAUUCAUAUGUGAUCGUUUUAGUUUUAUAAUUUAUAAGUUCUCCAUGUACUUUGUUACCAUACCUAAUAGAAAAAAAUCAGUAUCAUUUGGUAUUUUUAAAAAGAACUAAGUUUUUAAUUUUAUUUUAACGGCUUUUGUA